AUGGAGUACGACGACUUGUGGCUCAGCAACGUCGACGACGACUUGGGCGACGUCGACAGCGACGAGGAGCAGAACUUCGGCGAGAAAAGGUUCACAUUCUGAAAGUUGGAGUUGAUCUGAAGUGAAUUUUUGAAUAGAAAUUUUGGUUUUUUCAAAGUUUUUUUUUCAAGUUUUUCAAUUUUUCUUCUUUUUUUAUGAGCGUAUUUUAGUGUAUUUUUAAAGAAAAAAGGUUCAGAUUUUGAAUUUGAACAGAUUUUCAAUGAUUUUAUGUAUAUUUCACUUUUUACUAUCCUUGAAUAGCGAGAAAAGGUUCAGUUUCUGAAAGUUGGAGUUGAUCUCAAGUGAUUUUUUGAAUAAGAAGUUCUCAAUUUUUCGAAAUUUUAUUCAAAUUUUCACUUGUUUAAAAGCGUAUUUCAGUGUAUUUUCAACGAAAAGUGCUCAGAUUUUGAACUCGAAUAGAUUUUCGAUGACUUUUUUGAAUGAUUCACUAAUUUCCAAUGUUUCUUAUUUGUAAAAGCGUCCUUCAGCCCAGUUUUUCGCGAGAAAAAAAGCUCAGAAUUUGAAUCAGAAAAGUUUCGAAAUUAUUAUUUCACUAUCUUUGAAAAGCGAGAGAAGGUUCAGUUUCUGGAAGUUGUAGUUAUUUUGGAGUUCUUUAUUUAUUUUUUUCUAUCAUUUUUAAAAAGCGUUAUCCAUCCUCUUUUUUUUAGCGAUAAAAGGCUCAGAUUUUUCCGAUUGAAUAUGAUUUUUUUGAAUAAAAAAUUUUUAUUUUAUUAUUUUCAGAAGUUUAGAAGUAUUUUAAGAAGCGUAUUUCAGUUUAUUUUCACCGAGGAAAGGCUCAGAUUUGGAGUUUGGUUAGCCUUCUUAUGACUUUUUUUAAACAAGAAAUUUUCAAUUUUCUUAAAUUUCCAUUUUUUUCUCAUUUCAAAAAAAUCGUCAUUCAUCCUGUUUUUACCGAAAGUUUUUCCAGUUGAAAAAUUUUUCUAAUGAUUUUUUUAAAUGUAGGGAAAAAAUUUAAUUCUUUGUUUUCUUAAAGAUUCGAAGUUAUUUUUCUCUUUUUUUGCGAAAUUUAAUCUGGUAAGAUUCAAAUUUUUGAUAUAGGCUUACUGGUUAGUGAGAAAAGUUUCAUUCAAAUUCUAUGAGAUUUUCGGUUUUUUUUAGACUUUUAGCUUUUUAUUGGUAUUAGAAAUCGAAAUCAUUUUUUUAUACCUUUUUCACAAAAAAAAGUAAGAUUUUUGGAGAGAUUUGCCGGUGAUUUUUGUCUGAAAUAGUUAAAGCACUCAAGUUUCAAAAAUUGUUACAUAAAUUGAUCCUCCGAAGUACCCAUAUUCAUUUUUCUCAUGAGAAGCUGUUCGUUGAAAAAAUUAUUUGCUGAUAUUUUUGGAAUUUCCUGAAAACAUUCCCUUGCUUAUUGAAUUUUUUUGUUCAAAUUAAAGUUUUCAGUCGAAAAAAGAUUCACGUUUGAAUUUUCACCUAUAUAUGAAAUUUUUUUUUGAAGUCAAAUUAUUUUGCUCUGUUAUGUUAAGUGUUUAAAAAAUUCCCUUUGUUGUGUUUUUGCAGUACUUUUACAUUGGAACUCAGUUUUUAAAUUAUAAUUAAUUAUAUUCUACUGUUUUUCAAGCUUGUGACAAAGGGACAUAUCGAAAAAGAACCGUUUUUGUUCAGCUUUUUCUCAUUUUAUUGAAACGUAUUCGUCGAGCUUUUCAUCAUAUUUCUUUGAAAUGAGAUUAUUUUUUUGUUAUAAAUUUUAAAAUUAAAAUAAAACAAAAAAAUAUUAUUUUUUUCUAAUUUUUGUACUCCGUCUUCCAACCAGUUUUCUAUAAUUUUUUUCUGAAAUGACCAAAAAUUUGGUUUUCUGAACUUUUUAAACCUAUUUUCUAUCAUUUUUUUUAAAAGAAAUCGCUCAGAAUCCAAUUUAGUCCAAAAAAAUCCAGUGGUUCAUUUUUUUUACUGUUUUUUGAACUCGUAUAGCCAGUUUUCUAAUCUUUUCUGUACAAAUCCGCUCAGAAAUCCAAUUUUCUCAACCUUUUUUUCUCCGUACUUUAAAGUUCGUCCAUUCUUCGUUUAGUGAGCAGCCAACAUGUAUAAUAUGCGAUUUGUUUCCUCGAAUGCUCGUUUCAUUCCGGCGCUCAGCUGUUUCGCAACAAAAUAACCCGCAUUGGUAUGCGCGUGUUUUACGCGAAAUUGCCUCAAAACUGCAUAUUCGUUUCGAAACGAGACGGGAUUUUCGCGCCGGAUUACACGUCUUCUUCAAUAUGUUUCUGAUGCGUUUGUCGCGUUUGGUCAACUGGAAAAGUGCGGACAGUACAAAAAUAUGAGGCAACUAAAAAAAAAGUAAAUAGUGUAUUCGAUAGAUUGGAAAAAAAAAAGAACUUUUUCCUUACUGGGAGAAUUUUCAGUGGCCACUAUAGGGUUUUGAAGUUUUAGUGGCCCUUACAGUAGUCAACCUAGUGGCCACUUAAGGGGUUGAAAAUUAGUGGCUUCUAUAGAGGUCUAAGUGCUACUACUGGACCACUAAAAAUUUUAGUGGCCACUUUAGGGGUCGAUGGAUCAAAAUAACUGGUCCAAUCUGUUGUUUUAAAAUUAUCAGAGUUACUGGAAGGAAUACUGAAUGAAAAACUACUGAAGUGGUCACUAAAUUGAGAACUUUGAUAGUAACCGUUUUCCUACUUUCGCCUAGUAUAGUUGGUCGCAAGUUUUGCGCGGGAGCUACGGCACAUUAAUCGGCUAAUUGGUGACGUCUCAGCAAAACGUCAACAAAACAGCACUUGACCCGAAGGGCCGUUCGUUACGGAUUCUGCGCCUUCUGCUUCGCGGAUUCGCGCAACUGUUGUCCCAAGUGAUCGAAUCGAGAAUCAAAUGAGAAAUGGCAAAAUAUUUAGGUUGAUUUUCGAAGAAAACAGUUUGGAAUAUCUCUAGAGACCGUAAUAAAGGUCCACCCCUUAUCUUGAUGGUGAAAAAUUUUUUUUUGUUAAAGCGCAAUACUCAACUAAAAAGGGAGAAAAUUUGUGAAAACAUGGAGCAAAGUUCAAUGCGUUUCAGCGGAGUUUCGUACAAAAAACUUUUUUUUGAAUAAUUUUGAAAAAAUGGCCUGUAGUCCCUAGAUCCGACCAUGGAAACGGAACUCCUAAAUGAGACCAUGUUUUCUAGAUGUAGUUUUUACGCUGAUUUCAAAUCUGGUCUCAAAACUUGCCCAAUACGUCUGUGUAAAAAGUUAGGGACUCUCAAAGGUCGGAAGUCCCACUGUGAGCUGAGACCAUUUUCUGGAAAGGCUUUGAAAGGAAGAACCUAAAGCUUCUUCAUGGGUUUUUAAAAAGUUGCCAAAAGUUUCUCGGAAUCUUUUUUUCCACUUUUUUCCCGCCUUAUUUUUACACCUCUUUGAAAGGUUCUUUUCAGAAAAAGGUUUAGAAAAAAAGGCGCUUUUGAGGUCGUUUUUCCAAAACUCCUUUUUGAGACCAUUUGGACUUUGCCUGUGCUGUUGAGGACCCUCAAAAAUUUUCAGUAGUUACAAGUUUAAUACCUUAAAGUAAAAAAUUUUGAGGGAGAACAUCCUCGAAGGUUGAAGCCGCCGCUUGAAAUCUACAGGGGUGGGCAUAAAUAUUGCACGGCCUUUAAAAUUCCGUUACUCUCAAGUGGAACGGAUUUUGACAAGAUUGUCUGAAUUUUUUUAUUGGCAAAGUAUCCAAGUUAGCACAUAUAAAUAAACCUUCGCUCCGACUUUCAUUGGCCUCACUGAGCGCCUUGACUCUCUCGAAAAAAAAAUAUUCGACUCUUGGACACAGAUCGAUCUUGUCAUCCAUUCUUGAGGAUGGAGGCCAUCAGCAGGUCCCGGUUGAAAUAGAGUUUUGUCCAGGCCUUCAACUUCAAAUAUAAAUAUGCAGAAUUGUCAAGGGGUUCGAAUCUGGUGAGUAGCCGGGCCAUUCCUUGACCGUGUUGAAAUAGGGCAGAUUGGACUCGCACGAGUCUUGCUCAGCUCGGGGCUUGCAGCUUGACCUAAAAUCUUGUGGGAAGAACCAGCGACGGUUCGCAAAGGGGAAAACAAAAAAAAAACAAAUUGAAAUUCCAUUGGCAAAGAAGAAAGUUGGAAUGAUCGAAAAGUCCGUGCAAUAUUUAUGCCCACCCCUGUACUUGUUACCAUUCACUAUCAAAUUUUAAAGUUUAUUUUGACUUGUUGAUUCGAAACUGUUGAAUCUACUCGGAAAUUAGAAUAACUCGAAGGCGUGUCCCAUGUGUCCGGAGGACAUCGAUUGAGUCGUCGCAAUUCUUAUCUCCAAUCUUCUCGCCCCCUCCGGACGUUACGCAAAACGUCCGUCUUGCCUAUUACUCGGGCCCCCGUUCCGAUCCCGUACGCCCAUUACUCUGAUUUUUCCAUUUUUCCUUACUCUUCCAAAACUCAAUUAAAGCACUAGUACUCGUUAUCUCGAUUCUUUGCAGGCAUUCCCUUGCGCAAGAUCAAAUCCUUCUUUGCCUCACGUUUUAAACUCGAUUUGUUAGCGAGAAUGUGUGGGACGUUCCUUUUGCCUUCUUGAGCUGAUUAAAAAGGUUUUUGAAUUUGAAAAAGGAUCUUGAACUAGAUUCUAGUGGAUAUCAGAAGGUUUUUUGAGGUUUCGAUGUUUUUAUUUUUCUGAAAUUAAGAUCUCUAAAAAGGUUCUUUUGCUCUUUUACUCAUUUUAUAAAUUUUGUGUCUUCAAUAUAUUUUUGAAAUUAGGAUAAAGGAACAUGAUUAAGCAAAAAAUUAAUAUUUUCCCUUUCUACUUUUCAUGUAAUUUAAGUUCGAAGUUAGCUUAGAAAAAGAAUAUCGCAGUAAAAGUCGAAAAAAAAACUACUUUUGGUGUUUUAAAUUCCAGUUUGAAGGUUUUUGCUCUAUCCUGUUUAGCCAGUAGUGGAUAGAGUAACCUACAAAUAAGCCGGAACAAAAAAGAAACCAUUCAAAAAAUGUUUUUUCCGAACUCCAGCAAGCCUUUAAAGUUGGACAUAUACUCGAGAAAUCCGAUUAUUUUAGACAAAAUUCGUUUUUUUCCAAAAUCUUGAAAUACGGUAACCGUCAGGAAACGAUUGAGCUGUAAUUUUAUUAUUUUUAUCACUUUUUUUAGCUGUAGUGAAUUUGCCAAAAAAAUGAAGGCAUCAUUAAAUUUUUGGUUCAUAAACUUCACGGUAAUCUGCAGGUUUGAAAUUUUCACAGAUAAAAAAAUUGAGCUUUUUAGUGACUAAUCAUUUUAUUUUUUUAUAUUAAACUUGUUAGAAACAAGACGUCAUCAUUUAAUUUAAGUGCAAACACUCGACGGUCUUAUGCAGACUUGAGCGUUUUCAGAGCAAUCUGGCCUAAAAUUAUUUUGAUGAUCUUCCAUUUUUUUUUUCAAAAUCGUCAGAAAGGGAAGUGAUAAUCGAAUUCAGUGCGAACACAUCACGAAAAUAUGCAGACUUGAAAUUUUUCAGAUGAAGAUCAAACUUAUUUUCGAAAAUCCUCCUUUUUUAAAGUUAAAUCGCGAGAAAUUGACAUCAUCAUUGAAUUCUUGUGCAGACACUUCACGGAAGUUUGCAGGCUUGACAGUUUUCAAAAAACGAGUGAAUAAUCUUCUUUUGUUUCUCUAUUCAACUCGUCAGAAAAAUGAAAAAAUGCUAAAAGUAGGUGAAAUGCUGGAUAUUUUUGCCAUGCGGAAGCCCAAAAGGAUCGGAUCCGUAAGGCGAAGGUGUUUAUGGCACGAAGCGGUGGGCCAAACACAACGCCCCAAUUUCGGCGCGCAUGAUUAGACCAGGUAAUGACGACUAUUACCAGUGUGGGGGAGCUGGACCAGCUUCGCGGAGCCUCAGCUGGGCUCGCCGAGCAUCUUUCUAUGCAAUGCAUGUUCAUUGUGGGCAUUGUCCGCCUCAAAACCUCCAAAAUGUCCAUCUUCGCGUGCACCCAUCCACACACACAAAACCCUCCGAAACAUUCAACAUUCUUGGCUCUCAAGUGUAAUUCAUUAAUGUGUGCCCUCCCCCCUACCCUCCUCUUCCAUAAGAAGGCUUGAUUUUCUAUGAAUUGGGUUCUGGCCGCCUCGGCCCAAGAUGAAUUUCGUUUUUGCCCCGGAAAAAACGUAACGUAUAGCUAGAGUCUUUUGUCGAGUUUGAAGCUUUUUUGAUAUUUGGUGGCUUUGAAUGAGCUUUUCAGUUUGCUUUGAAAAUGUAGAAUUUGAAGUUUUUUGCUUUCUAGUACAGUGACAGGAUCACAUGGAAUUUACAGUAGUUUUGAAAUUCGAUUUUUCGAAAAAGUUUUUAAAAUUAUUUCCUCCUUAUCUUCUUCCUUAAACUUUCUACUUUUCUCUACAUGUAGAAAUGGAUUUUUCUUGCUUUUUUGUACCAUUGAUUGACAUAGUUCCAUUAAUAUGUGGUCUUUCGUUGAUUUUAAAGUUCUUUUGGCCAUUUUUUUUUUCUCCCUUUUUUCUAAUUUUAAGAAAUUUCGACUUUUUUCCCUUCCGAAGCGUAUAGAAUAUUAAAAUUUUGAUUAUUUCUCGAUUUUUUUUUCAAUUUUUUUUAGCAUUACAAACGUAAUAAAUUUAUUGGCUUAUCUCGAAAACCUUUGCCUAGUUUUUUCGAUAGCUUAUAAAAUGUUUAGAACACAUUUAUUUGAUGAAAUAUUUUACAGAAAAUCUGAAAUCGAAAAAAAAAGCUGCUGUUCCAUAGAACUUCAGAUACCUCUUAUCCCUCUUUGAAUAUUUUAUUUUCACUGAUUUUUUCUGGAACCCUUUCUGAGAUUUUUUUGGAUAUUUUAUAAAGCACAUGAAACAUUUUAAUCGUUUAAUGAUUGUAAUUUGCAGCUGUAGUCGCUGUUAUAACUCAGAACUUCGGAUAAUAACUUUACCAAAAAAAUUUUUUCGAGUAUUUUCUAGAUUUCCCUACAUGUUUUCCGUCCAUUUAGUUCUCGUGUAUAAGAAAGAAAAUUCAAAUUUUUUCGAGUAUUUCUAGUUUUUUCCCACAUGUAUUCCGUCUAUUUAGUUUCCGUGUAUGAGGAAUUUUUUUUCGGGAAUCUUUAAGGAUUUUUUCCGAGCUUUUUUGAUGCCUUAAAAACCUAUCAAUGACAGCAUUUUGCAGCCUAGAUAUACUGUAGUCGCUGUUGUAACUCAGAACUUCGGAAGGAAACUUUAUUUAAAAAAAAUUCUUCGAGUAUUUUUCUAGAUUUCCCUACAUGUAUUCCGUUCAUUGAGUUCUCGUGAGUUAGAAAUACAAGUUCUGAUUUUUUUUUUGGGAACUUUUAAGGUUUUUUCCGAGCUUUUUUGAUGCCUUAAAAACCUAUCAAUGACAGCAUUUUGCAGCCUAGAUAUACUGUAGUCGCUGUUGUAACUCAGAACUUCGGAAGGAAACUUUAUUAAAAAUUUUUCUUGAUUUCCCUACAUGUACUCCGUUCAUUUAGUUUUUUUCUGUGUGAGGAAUAAAAAAAUUCUAAUUUUUUUGGGCUUUCAUGAGAAUUUUUAAGAUUUUUUUUCGAGCUUUUUUGAUACUUUGAAAACUUAUCAAUGACAGUAAUUUGCAGCCUAGCUCUGCUGAAAUCGCUUCUGUCGCCGUCGCAGUCGCUGACGGCCUUCGCCGAGGCGCAAAGACAAAAGUUUUUGUCCGGAAACGUUGGAGACGACGACAUCCGCCAACAAAAGGUCCGUUGUUCUUCCUUUUCAAUUUGUCUCCAUUUUUUUCCGUCUCGUAGUUUCCUUGGCUCUCGUCGCUGCGAUUCGUCACCAUCUUUUUUUAGUUUCCUGUUGUUUUAUUUUGUCUUCCUUAUGUACAUAAAAGCGUCUUUCCUAUUGACUGUACGUUUUUUGAAGGUUUUUUGCUGUGUAGUUUCAGAAAAAUCUGAAGUUUUGGUGAAACAAUUGAUUUGUAUUUAAAAAAUUUCGAUUUCAAGUGGUUUAUUUUAGGAUUUGGUACCGGUUAACUGAAAAUUUUAAUAAUCUUUUUUAAGCUAAUUUUUUUUUCUUGGCAAAAAAUGAUAUUUUUUCUACAUAUUCAGAUAUUCCAGAGUGGUCCCUAUAGGGGUUGAGGGAAUAGCCCUUCUGAGGUAAAUUUUAAGUGAUCCCUGUAGGGGUUUCUUAACUUUUUAUUCAACUUUAAGGAUCUAAAAGACUUUUACAAGGUAUAGAGUCCAUUAUAGAGGCAGGGCAAGUGGUCCCUAGAGGAAACCCAGGUCUUCUAAGGUUGCUCCCUUAAAAAAACACUCUGGAGUUCUUAAGAAUCCUCAGAAAUUAAAAAAAAGUUUAGGAGAGUUCAAAACUUCAUCAGAAAGCAACGCUUAUCUCAUGAUUGAAGAUGUAAUUUUUUUCAACUUUUUUUUUCGCUUUUUUUCCGGAUGCCAAAAAGAUUGCAGUUUCUUCCACUCUAUUUUAAGUGUUCCAUAAUGACUAGGCAAUCAAUUCAUUAUUUGAUAGAACUGCAACGAAAAAAAUUUUCUUUUUUCUACUGAAAUUACUGAGAGAACCAGCAGAUUUUUCUUUUUAUAUAAUCGCUGUAACAUUUUUCUGGUAUUUUUUGAGGGUUUCUCAAGUUCUUGCUGAAAAUUAUAGUCAUAGACAGUUUUUGAUGAAGGUCUCGAGACGAAGAGCCGUUCUCAAGGUAAUAAAAAGACUUUUUGCGCCUUUAAAAGUCUUAGAAAGAGCUGUUAUAAAAUUAUAAUUAUAGAUUAUCACAAAAAGCCUUUCGACAGUCGGUCAAUUUAUAUUUUGAAACUACGAAAAAGUCGAGAAAAAAACGACCUUCACUGAUAUUUUUUGGAUAAUUCCGGAUUUCUGCGCUUUCAGUUCGCUUGAAAAUUAUUCAUGAAAAAGCUUAAAUUUUUAAAGUUGAAAAAAAGACGAUUUUAAUCAAAAACUUUAUACUCAUCUUUCAAAAAAAGCCGACAAAAAUUAAGUUAAAAAGAAGACUUUCGAGUGUUAUAGGUGAUUUAUUUCAUUUUAUUUAUAAUUUUUUUGUUUUUAUUUUUAGGUGAUCCAAGUCAUCUGAACCUUCAGUUAAACUAAAAUUUAAAUUUUAGAGCUCAAAUUAUGAAUUCUAACAAAAAAAAAUCCGCUCUCAAUAAAACUCGUUUACUUAGUUUUUGAAAAAAACCACGGAAAAAUCAAGAAAAUUAAAAAGUUCCAGUGUAAUUUUAGGUGAUUCAAGAAAGUCAUCUGUACCCUUAUUCGACCCAAAAUUUUCAUUUUUGAAUUUGAAUUGGGAAUUCUAACAAAAAACUGCUCUUACCAGUUGGUUAAUAAAACUCGUAUACUUAUCUUUCAAAAACCACGGAAAAGUCGAGAGAGACGAGAGAGAGUCGAUUGUUUUUGUUUUGUUUUUCCCACGGCGAUUCCGGAUUUUUUUCGUCGUGUGUGGUGGGCACUUCACCCAUUGCGGCGGCGGCGCUUCUUCUUUUUUUCUCCGAGAAAAAAUAAGAAUUUUUCUCGCGGGUUUUUGAGCCCACACUUCACUUCACUUCACUUCACACGGACACAGACGCGUGCACACAAUUGACGAGGAAGAGGGCAGCCGAAAAAAAAAUUUGCAUUUCCACGAUGCUUCGGCCCUUUUUGCCACUUGUUCAAAUCACAAACCGAGGACGACGUCGUGUUUAUUUUGCACCCCCGAUUCCCAUUGUCUCCCCCCCUUUUUGGUAGUUUUAAUCCAUCUACGAUUUUUUUUUUCAGCUUCAAUUAGAGAAGAUGCUUGGAAAGGGUUUUUUUCGGAAACAAUUUUGAAAAAGCGCCAAAAUUUUGUUGGCCCUUUUAGGGCAAUUUUUUGCUUUUAUCACGGUUUUGAGCUUGGAAAAAAAAUCAGUUUGUAAGAAAUAGCCGCGUUCUCCAUUUUUCGGGCUUUUUAUGGCAUUUUUGACCUCUCUACAGUUUCAAGCUAACAUGAGCAAUUCGCUAGAAGAAUUAGAGAUAUUUUUUUUUUUUGGCUUCUGCAAUGUUUCGACUUCAUGUGAAUGAACUCAAGUAUCAUCUUUCUGAAAAAUCGCAGGAAAAAAAUUCGAAAAAAGUAUAUGUAUAUUUAAUAUUACUAUUAUUUUUUUAUGAGCUCUUAGUUUUUGAAAAAAAGCAAUCCUAAAAAAAUUAUAAGCUGUUCAGCCUAUUUUUUUCACCUUUCUAGCUUGAGUAGUGAAUGAAAUAUACCAUUUUUUUGACCUUGGGCCCUCUAAAAACGAACAAGGAAAAAAUUCCCCAGUUUUCGAAAAAUGAGGGCUCAAAGCCCCAAAAUGGCCGGUUUUAAAGGAAAUUGGGGUGUUUCGUUAUCUUUAAGGUGUCCUUUCUCGAAAACUAGAAAGUUUUGCCGAUUGAGACUUUCAUAUAUGCAUCUAGGUACAUCAAGGAGUGUUCUGGCCGACUUUCAAGGAAUUCUGAACCAGAAACUCAGGCGAGUCCUAGGAAGGUUUUGGGAAGGUAACCAGCAGGAGGAUGGAAUGUGUAUGGAAGCUAGAAGAUCUUGGGAAAUCCUUUGGAAGGUGUUCGGAAGGUAGAUAGAAGGUAUUUGGAAGGUGAAUGUUGGAAUACCACGUCUCUCUAAUAAAUGCUCUUAUCUCUACGUGAGAUGGGUAUAUAAGGCGGCCUCUUUGUCACUUCUUCAUUCUACCAAUAAACCUGCUACUUCAACUUCGACUUUGGGCUACCGCGGACACAACAGUGGAUCUCAUCCUGAUCGCCAGUGUAUCGCCAGUGUCAGGAUGAGAUCCACUGUUGUGUCCGCGGUAGCCCAAAGUCGAAGUUGAAGUAGCAGGUUUAUUGGUAGAAUGAAGAAGUGACAAAGAGGUAAAAGGGCCGUGUAUUUUCAUCACAUCCGUGUAUUUUCUUCAUUCCGUGUAUUUUCUUCACUCGAAGUGGUAGCUCUCUCAGUCGGCCGAGGCUACCCUAGAGUGUACACGGGGUCCGUGCCCGAGCCCCACCAUCACCGCCGUGCCCGUACCCGAAACUGAGGGAUCUACAUGUGAAAGAGCGAAGAGAAGGACCGUAAGACCAUGCUUUCAAUUCAAUCGACUUUUGACUUCUUUUUCGCCAAAGGCGGUGCCGCUCAAAAGAGCAAUUUUUUCACCGCCUAGUCGAUUCUAUCUGACUAAAACAACCAAUGAAUAUUGAUUGAUGAUUGAACAUGGUUAAUGCCUGUCAGAAGCCUUCCAGAAACUUGCUGAAAGGUUUCUGGAAGGCUUCCGGCAGGCUUUUUCUGAGUAGAAGAUAUUAGGAUGCUAUAUUGAAGGCCACCUGCUCUGGAAAGCUUCCGGAAGCCUUCCGAAGACCGAUAGCAGAUCUUCCCAACUUUUAA